AUGGCGGCGGAGGUGCUGCCGAGUGCGAAGUGGCUGUACUGUGGAGAGCCCGACGAGAGCCAGAGAGCUGUGCUGGUUCAGUUCUCCAAUGGGAAGCUGCAGAAUCCAGAUAACAUGCGCUUUAGCUUGUACAAGAACAAGGACUCCGCGAAUCCCAGGAAGAAGAGCCAGCGGAUCCUGGCAGCUGAAACAGACAGACUUUCCUAUGUGGGAACCAAUUUUGGGACUGGAGCACUCAAAUGCAACACUCUGUGCAGACACUUUGUGGGAAUUUUGAACAAGACCUCUGGCCAAAUGGAAGUAUAUGAUGCUGAAUUAUUCAACAUGCAGCCACUGUUUCCAGAUGAACCAGUUGAGAGUGAAUUGACACGAGAAAGUGAGAGCAAAACUUUUAGAGAAAAGAUGGACUCUUGCAUCGAAGCCUUUGGUACCACCAAACAGAAGCGGGCUCUGAACUCCAGGAGAAUGAACAGAGUGGGCAAUGAAUCUUUAAAUCGUGCAGUGGCGAAAGCCGCAGAGAGUAUUAUUGAUACAAAGGGUGUGACUGCUCUGGUCAAUGAUGCCCUCCACGAUAACGUGCAAGAUGACUCCCUCUGCCUUCCUCCCUGCCACGCGGAUGCAGCCAAGCCUGAAGAUGUGUAUAAAUUUGAAGACCGUAUCCUCCUGGUGGAAUUGAUUCCUUAUUGCCCAAGUUACCCUGUUUCCCCGAAAAUAAGACAGUGUCUUAUAUUAAUUUUUGCUCCCAAAGAUGCACUAGGUCUUAUUUUCAGGGGAUGUUUUAUCUUUCUAUGCGCUAGGUCUUAUUUUCAGAGGAUGUCUUAUUUUCGGGGAAACACGGUAGAAUGUGCGCACAUGAUGGCACAGCCAGGCUUUCUGAGGGGUCUGGUCCCAUGUCACUCACAGGAGCUACAUCCUGACCUUUGCAGUUGCCCAGUGCUGUUGCUGGGAUGUCAGCUAUGCUUCCUGACUAGCUGA